UAUAUGUCCCAUCAUUCUCAGCUCGAAUUGUGGCGCCAAACGCCUCAGGACAAGCGAUUGACAAUUUCUUGUAAGGCUUUUGGUUCACAUUAUCGAGGCUAGAUCAAUUCAUUCUGGGGUGUAGCGAUCCAUGUAACAGCUCCUGCGGCUGGCCUUCGUCGCAUUCCAGCCGGCUAUUAUGUCGCCGUCGAGAUCCACGGAAAUGUUUGGAGAACAGCCGUCAAAGCGGAAGUACCGUCAAGCAAUGUCGUGCAGUGGGAUCAGAUUUUUGUACUUCCUGCAGAUGGUUCAGUAACAGUGUCUUUGAGAAUCUUUGCAGCCUUCGAAUUUGAACGUAUGCUUGGGCGCGGCGAGUUGAUGCGCGAGGCUGAGCUCACAGUGGGAGAACUUUUGCAUCACAGCGACCAAUCCCUACCCAUCUUAUUCUUUCCCGAUGGGGGUGAAUCACCAUCUCUCCUGGUAAAGGUUGACCGAGGCCUUGAAGACGAACCCAAUGCAACUCAGUUUGGCCAAUGCCACUCCAAUCUCCUCGCAUGCUAUCGCCGCACUCGUUGCAUCUCAGACUAUCACGCAGCCACGGAACAGCUGCGCCUUGCGCUUGAUUAUUGUGGCAGUGACCACCCUGACCGUGCAGCAGCAUUGACUAAUUUAGCGGACGCUCUUGUGAAUCACCCACAUAUUGAAGAAAGCGAUAACGCCAUCAAUGCCCCUAUUUCGCUGUAUCAGGAAGCGCUGGAGCUUCGCCGAUCGGGACACCCAGACCGUUCCUUGGCAAUGCUCAAGCUUGGACUCGCAUUGCUAUACCGUUUUCAACUAAGGAAAAAUCCUGCAGAUGUAAUGGAAGGUCAAGACCUGCUGAAUCGUGCAAAGCGCGUCUGUUCGGACGACAACCCCGAUAUCGAACCCGUCAUUGACACAAUCAGGAGCCCCACUCCUACCAAUACUUCAAAGAGUCACCGCUCUUCGGCGAUGCCUCCAUCACCCCCUUCACCGCUUUCACGAAUGUCGAUGAACUCCGCAGCCUCACAGCCUCAUACAUUCCCAGGAGCACCGGGACGCACUGCUGACACAUCAACACGUUCUGUUCCGGCGUCGAUGAGAAGCAUGAACGGUGAAUCACUGCUGCAGCAUGGUCAGGCAGAACAAUUCGGAGAUGAGAAAAAGUUUGCCGCAGAUGAAAGUGACGCAUCACCACCAGCCUGUCAGCCCACACAUCCUCGCUUGCAAUCGGGAACUCUAUACACAAACUCUGUUAUGAUACCCCCUCAACUCCUGCCAGGAAGCCCGCGCAGAGAAUGUGGCACGAAGCUACUGGCCCCUGAUGUCGAAAUGCGGGUAAUACAACCACAGCAGGCUAUUAAAUCUAUCUCAUCACCGCUCACACCCCAUUCGUUUCUCCCCUUGCCGGUACCAGCUGCUCAGGCCCCAAAUCUGCUCGCCUCUAACCUCCGCAUAGUAUUUGUUGCUGUUUUGAUGUCUCUAUCUAUUCUCAUGUUGAUGACGUGUCCAUUGGAUGGGCUAUGGUUUUGAUUAAUGUUAUUAUUGCUACCUGCAUUCACAUCUGUAAUACUAGGACCGCGCAUAGAAUCUGUACAAUAACUGUAGCAUCAAACUGUAUUUUCAUUAUGAUAUCCUC